UAUACAAAAACUUAACCUAGAAAUAGAAAUUAUAUCUAUAUCCAAUGUGAUGUGCCUAUAAAGCAAUGUAAGACACAUGUGGUUGCAAAAUAAAAAAAAAUUAAGUAGAAUAUUCUUUGAAGUACAGCAUAAAAAUUAAAUUUUAAAUGGCAUCGAAAAAUAAUAAGAGUAAAUUAGAUACAUCAAUUGAUGAUUGGACAUUAGAAAUGAUCGAUGAAUUUAUCAAAACAUUAAUGGAUAUUACUUUAUGCAAUGAUGUAAAGGAAUUAAAGAAUUAUACAAUACCUGAAUAUGUUUGGAAAAAAAUAGAAAAAUUGCUAAACACAAACAGCGAGUCUUUAAAAAAGCUUUGGUACUUUAAGUUACAUUUGCAACUAUUCUGUCCUCAACCAAUCUAUUUGAUAGAUACAAAAAUAAAGAUGGUCGAAUAUGUGUAUCAAAAAGGAAUCACAAAAACCAGAGAUAUUAAUUGGCACAAUUUGACUUUAAGUUUUGAUGGUAUGACAAAACUUUUUUUGAACCGAGUUUUGAAUAACUUACUGCAAGUUGCUAGGAUAAAAACCGAAAGCGUUGAAUUCGAAGAUCAAAUAAUAUAUUUAUACACAGAAUAUCUACCUCAUUUAAUAGAACAGCCAGAAGAUAAAAUACUACCCAGACUAACAUAUGACGAUAAUAAACUUGUACAUUUUGAAAUUGAUGUACAGAAAAGAAUGUCAUACAUAGAGAAGUUAAAUGCAGUAUAUGAAGAUCAUGAUCAAUGACAGUUGAUAUAAAUCUAAAAAGAGUACUAUGUACUUUUGAGUAAUUGUGGCUAAAGACUGAUGUAAAUAAAUUUUAUACAAAUAA